AGGCGCGAUGGCGGCGCGCUGCUUGGGCCGCGGUGUCGUACGGCUCCUGGGCGGCCUUCGCGGGGUGGGCGCGCGGGGCUUGGCGGCCCCCCGGCUCUGGGGCAGCGCCUCCGCCCCCGCCGCGCCGGCCGGCUCGUACCAGGAGCGGAUCGCGCUGGCCGCCAGCGAGCCGGCAGCCUUCUGGGGGCCGCUGGCGCGGGAUGUGCUCGUGUGGGACACUCCCUACCACACUGUGAGCGACUGCGACUUCCGCAGCGGCAGGAUCGGCUGGUUCCUGGGAGGCCAGUUGAACGUGUCCGUCAACUGCUUGGAUCAGCAUGUUCGGAAGUCCCCGGAGAGCGUCGCUUUGAUCUGGGAGCAGGAUGAGCCUGGAACUGAAGUGAGGAUCACCUACAGGGAACUGCUGGAGACCACGUGCCGCCUGGCCAACACGCUCAAGAGGCAUGGAGUCCACCGAGGGGACCGGGUAGCCAUCUACAUGCCUGUCUCCCCGCUGGCUGUGGCCGCAAUGCUGGCUUGCGCCAGGAUUGGAGCCAUCCACACUGUUGUCUUUGCUGGCUUCAGUGCGGGGUCCUUGGCUGCGAGGAUCAAUGAUGCCAAGUGCAAGGUGGUUAUCACCUUCAACCAAGGACUCCGGGGAGGGCGUGUGGUGGAGCUGAAGAAGAUUGUGGACGAAGCCAUAAAGCUCUGCCCAACCGUCCAGCAUGUCCUCGUGGCUCACAGGACAGACAACAAGGUCCACAUGGGGGAUCUGGACAUCCCCCUUGAGCAGGAAAUGGCCAAGGAGGAGCCAGUGUGCGCCCCAGAGAGCAUGGGGAGUGAGGACACGCUCUUCCUGCUGUACACCUCGGGGAGCACUGGGACACCCAAGGGGCUUGUCCACACCCAGGCGGGCUACCUGCUGUACGCCGCUGUGACGCACCGGUUUGUGUUUGACUACCGGCCAGGUGACGUCUUUGGCUGCGUGGCUGACAUCGGCUGGAUUACGGGACACAGCUAUGUGGUGUACGGGCCUCUGUGCAAUGGAGCGACCAGCGUCCUUUUUGAGAGCACCCCGGUUUACCCCGACGCUGGUCGGUACUGGGAGAUGGUGCAGAGGUUGAAGAUCAAUCAGUUCUAUGGAGCCCCGACGGCCUUCCGGCUGCUGCUGAAAUUCGAGGAUUCCUGGGUGAAGAAGUAUGACCGCUCCUCCCUGCGGACCCUGGGCUCAGUGGGAGAGCCGAUCAACCACGAGGCCUGGGAGUGGCUGCACAGAGUGGUGGGGGACAGCCGGUGCACGCUGGUGGACACCUGGUGGCAGACCGAAACGGGGGGCAUCUGCAUCUCGCCGCGGCCCUCGGAGGAGGGGGCAGAAAUCCUGCCCUGCAUGGCGAUGAGGCCCUUGUUUGGCAUCGUCCCUGUUCUCAUGGAUGAGAAGGGAAAUGUCCUGAAGGGUGGAGAUGUGUCCGGGGCUCUGUGCCUGUCCCAGGCCUGGCCAGGCAUGGCCCGGACCAUCUUCGGAGAUCACCAGCGAUUCGUGGACGCCUACUUCAAGGCCUACCCGGGUGAGACUUUCCUGCCGCCGCUGGACUUGGUCUCAGAACCGUUUCCGAGGGGCCGGGGGUUGCGUGAACGCUCCCUCCUUUCCUUACCUCUGAGCCAGGAGCAGUCCAGCUCGGGGUUCUCCCAGGGGCUCAGGCCAUGGGCUCCCAGGAGAAGAGCAGGACGCCACCUUGGCGACAAUCGUGGUGGCUCCAGGCCUCCCCCCGGUCUCCAUGUCGUUGUCUUCCCGACUUGUGUCGUGUUGUUUGGUGGGAGUUCACGUACACGUGUGCCCCUGGAAACCGAUGCUCUGCAGUCGCAAGCACGCUACUACUUCACAGGAGACGGGGCUUACCGAACUGAGGACGGCUACUACCAGAUCACGGGGCGGAUGGACGACGUCAUCAACAUCAGCGGCCACCGGCUGGGGACGGCGGAGAUUGAGGACGCCAUGGCUGACCACCCUGCAGUGCCCGAGACCGCCGUCAUCGGCUACCCGCACGACAUCAAGGGAGAAGCUGCGUUUGCCUUCAUCGUGUUGAAAGAUGACGCGGGUGACGCAGACGUGGUGGUGAAGGAGCUCCGGUCGGUGGUGGCCUCCAAGAUCGCCAAGUAUGCGGUGCCCGACCAGGUCCUGGUAGUGAAGCGUCUUCCAAAAACUCGGUCUGGAAAAGUCAUGCGGAGGCUCCUGAGGAAGAUCGUCACAGGCGGAGCUCAGGACCUGGGGGACAUCACCACAAUGGAGGACCCCACUGUCAUCACGGAGAUACUGAGUGCCUACCAGGAGUACAAAGACAAGUGGGGGGCCGCCCAGUGACGAUGGCUCUGCCGAGACCCCAAGCCAGGCCCCGAACUUACGCUCCUAGAACACAGCUCCCGAGUCGGCUUGUUCCUAGACGCCCCAGCGGAACCCACGCUACCCUCCACGCGAAGCCCCAAGUCCCUGCCUUCCCUCUACGUGGGGACCCAUGACAGGUCCUCACACAGGGUGAGCUUUCUCCCACUUGCCCUGAAUUUGGUUUCCCGGUGAAAAGUCCAUCACCUCCAUUCCCGUGCCUUCCCGACAGCACAGGAAGGUGGAGCCCCUGUGCCUGCUCAGGUGACUGGCAACUACAAGCAGUCAUGUUUUCUCCAGGUGUUUCUAGAAACGCAAGGUGGAAAUUUUAUUUUUAUACUUUUAUAUUUUAGAAGAAAAAUGGUGCAAACACAUACGUGCAAUGUGUGGUUUACUUGUACACACUCUUCUUAACACUUAUGAAAAGCUCCUUCUUUGCUUCCGCUCUUGGGGAAAUGUGGAGGGUUGGAGGGUGCACUUUUGGGUACCAUUUGGCCUACUUGAAAUCCGAAUUGGAAAUGUUUGUGCCUCUGUCUGAACACAGCCAUCUUGAAAUCUCUCAAGCCCACAGCAUCUGUUUUUGGUGUAUGUUUCCACUUCUCUUGGUUUGUGUGUGAUGAAACCUAACUGCUAAAAGCACCUGUGGGGAUGGGCUCCCUUUUCAGCUCUGAAGGGCUCCGGUCACAUGUGGUUUCUGCAGCUUGCGGUCUGGAAACAUUCCCCUCCCCCCCGGCCUUGGACACUCAGCAGCCAGUUGGCGCGCUCCAUGCCUAGGGCUGUUCAGGGAAGCCAGGGACUCAGUAAUGCAGCCGGAACUGGGUCCCUGAAAACUGCCCUACCUCCCUACUCUGAGCCAUGUCUUUCCCUUUUCCAAUGUGCCUUCGGUUCUCUGGACUUAGCAAGACAACGUCGACCAUUAGGUUGCAAAGUGCCUAUUGGUAGCCAAGCACGAGAGGGACCACUUGUGGAGUGCAGGGCGGGUGGCCUGCUGAGCUGGGUCCUGGAGGACAGGGAGGGCUGCCUCAACCUGCACCCCACAGAGGGCGGUACCCUGCAGCUGUGCAGGUGUUCACGGGGACCUGGAGUGCUCAACACCCGCCAUACGUGGCUGUGCUGGCCUCUCGGUGACAAGGUGAGGACGGGUGGUCUUGGCUGUAGCACAGAUUGGCAGCUCUCACCACCUGUACCGGCAGCAGUUUGCUGGACUUAGCAGAUUAUGGUUAGGGCGCUACUUAUGAAAUGACAGCUAUGAACUGGGACAGCGACCAGUGCUUCAAAAUGAUCUGCAGGGCUGUUCAAAUAAGGCUUUAUUUCGUUCAUUC